ACGUGCAAACGGAAAGACUACAUCUCCCAGGCCGCCACGCUUUCCAGCUGGAGUCCUAGGGCGCUGACUGCUCCCCAGUUUCCGUAGGGAAGCGCCAGGCUACCACAGCUAUUGUGCGUCGCGCUGUCGCCCUCCUCUUCCCGCUGUUGCUGCCCUGUUGUUGGAGGAAAGCUACGUCUCCUUGGCCGCCGGGUUUAACCCUUUAAGCGCCAAACCCGGCAGCCUGCCGGCUCCCAGGAACGAGUAGGCGGUCUCUGCAGUUGCCGAGUUGUGGGCAACGAGCCCCGAAGACCCUGAGGAAGACAGCUGAAGGGAGCCUGUGCUGCCGGUCGGUCUCGGGCUUGGGGCUAGGCCAGCAUGAAGCAGUGGCAUUGGCUUUAAGAAGGGGGAGGGGAGGCGCGGUCCGCCGCUCGGGGAGCCAGGAAAGGAAGCCUCAGCUGGUUGGCUUGGGAGCGCAGAGAGGCGGCCCCCCGCAUUCGCGCUCUCCCCGCCUCCACCCUGGGCUGCCCAGGACUCAGCGCUGUGCUUCGGGGAGGCGAUGACCAGGGGGCGUGCUGCUCGCUAGGCUGCACCCUGCCGGCGUCAGAAGGCGUUGGUAAGCAUUCCUGGUCACCCGCAGCCACCACCGGACUACGCGCUCCUGCUACACACCAGCGGGCGCUCCCAAGUGUUCCAUUGGAACAGUCCCUCCGCUGCCGUAACCAUGGGGCAUCCCCCGCUGGAGUUCAGCGACUGCUACCUCGACAGCCCCGAUUUCCGCGAGAGGCUCAAGUGUUAUGAACAGGAGCUGGAGAGGACCAAUAAAUUCAUCAAAGACGUGAUCAAGGACGGCAGCGCGCUUAUCAGCGCUAUGAGAAAUUACUCUUCUGCGGUCCAGAAGUUUUCCCAGACGCUGCAGUCGUUUCAGUUUGAUUUCAUCGGGGACACUCUGACCGAUGAUGAGAUCAAUAUUGCGGAAUCAUUCAAGGAAUUUGCUGAAUUGCUCAAUGAAGUAGAAAAUGAGAGGAUGAUGAUGGUACAAAAUGCUAGUGACUUGCUGAUCAAACCCCUGGAAACUUUUCGGAAGGAACAAAUAGGUUUCACAAAGGAGAGGAAGAAGAAAUUUGAAAAGGAUGGUGAGAGGUUUUACUCAUUACUGGACCGGCACUUACACCUGUCAUCCAAAAAGAAAGAAUCUCAGUUGCUAGAGGCAGACCUCCAAGUGGAUAAGGAAAGGCACAGUUUCUUCGAGUCCUCCCUUGACUAUGUCUACCAAAUCCAGGAAGUUCAAGAAUCCAAGAAGUUCAAUAUUGUGGAGCCAGUCUUGGCCUUUCUCCACAGCCUCUUCAUUUCCAACAGCUUGACUGUGGAGCUCACACAGGAUUUCCUCCCGUACAAACAGCAGCUGCAGCUCAGUUUACAGAAUACCAGAAAUCAUUUCUCCAGCACCCGAGAAGAGAUGGAGGAACUUAAGAAAAGGAUGAAAGAAGCUCCUCAGACAUGCAAACUUCCAGGACAGCCAACCAUCGAAGGCUAUCUCUAUACCCAGGAGAAAUGGGCUCUGGGGAUAUCUUGGGUGAAAUACUACUGUCGGUAUGAGAAAGAGACCAGGACACUCACCAUGACACCAAUGGAACAGAAGCCAGGUGCUAAGCAGGGACCUGUGGACUUAACAUUGAAAUACUGCGUGAGAAGAAAGACAGAGUCCAUUGACAAGAGAUUCUGUUUCGAUAUAGAAACUAAUGAAAGACCAGGAACCAUUACUCUGCAGGCACCUUCAGAAGCCAAUAGAAGACUAUGGAUGGAAGCCAUGGAUGGGAAAGAACCUAUCUAUCACAGCCCUAUAACAAAACAGGAAGAAAUGGAGCUGAAUGAAGUGGGGUUCAAGUUCGUCAGGAAAUGUAUCAAUUUUAUUGAGACCAAAGGGAUCAAGACAGAAGGGUUGUACCGCACAGUGGGCAGCAACAUCCAGGUUCAGAAGCUGCUCAAUGCCUUUUUUGAUCCAAAAUGCCCAGGAGAUGUCGAUUUUCAUAACAGUGACUGGGACAUUAAGACAAUCACAAGCUCCUUAAAAUUCUACCUCAGGAAUCUUUCCGAACCUGUCAUGACUUAUAAGCUUCACAAAGAGCUCGUCUCUGCUGCCAAAUCUGACAACCUGGAUUAUCGUCUGGGGGCUAUUCACUCCCUAGUAUAUAAGCUACCAGAAAAGAACCGGGAGAUGCUGGAACUUCUAAUCAGACACUUGGUAAAUGUAUGUGAGCACAGCAAAGAGAAUCUUAUGACACCUUCCAAUAUGGGGGUGAUCUUUGGGCCCACCCUGAUGAGAGCUCAAGAGGACACUGUGGCUGCUAUGAUGAACAUCAAAUUCCAGAACAUUGUGGUAGAAAUCCUGAUUGAACACUUUGGCAAGAUAUAUUUGGGUCCACCUGAGGAUAGCCAAGUACCUCCAGUGCCUCCACCUCGAGUGACAGCAAGAAGGCACAAACCAAUCACAAUCUCGAAGCGUUUGCUGAGAGAGAAGACAGUGUUCUACACUUCUUCCCUUGAGGAAAGUGAAGAUGAAACCCAGCAUCAAACUCCUAAUGGUACAAUCACUAGCAACCUGGAUCCCCCCAGGCUACCGCAGCACCUCAAACUACCCAUUCAGAAAAGUGGGGAAACUGACCCUGGAAGAAAGUCCCCAAAUAGAUCUGUUUCUGACUACCAAUCGGAACCCUGCCCAGAGAUGGAUGUGGGGAAGUUGGUAUUUAGGUUGCAGGAUGGAGGGACCAAGGCUACUCCAAAGGCCACCAAUGGACCUGUGCCAGGUUCUGGGACCACAAAGACCUCCUCUUUCCAUAUAAAGAGACCAGCUCCCAGGCCAGUGGCUCACCACAAGGAAGGAGAUACUGACUGUUUCAGCAAAGUUCGGCCCCCAGGGGAAAAGCAAACAAUCAUCCGUCCUCCAGUGAGACCCCCAGACCCUCCUUGCCGGGCCAGUGUUUCACAGAAGCCAGAACCAAAGCCAGAUACUGUGGCUGGCAAUGCAGGGGAAAUCCCAUCAUCUGUGGUGGCAUCCAGGACUAGAUUCUUUGAAACGGCAUCCCGGAAAACUGGAAGCUCUCAAGGAAAACUUCCCGGAGAUGAGAGCUGAGGCCACAGGUUUGAAAGGACUUGGCCUCGAGGGACCCUUUCCAGGUUGGGGAAGGGUCUACUUCAAACCCAUGUGAGCUAUUUGGUGCUGAAGAGCAGCUCAUUUCCGGCCUCGAACCCUCAGUGUCUGGGAAGCUAUAAAAUAGGGAGCACAUGUCUGAGACAUGUGUUUGUUUCUCCUUUGUAUUCUCUCUUCAUCUCCCCAGAAUGUCUGUUGUGAGCAGCUCCAAGGACACUGGAUGGCAGGAUUCUCUUAAGCUCUAAGCUCUACCGACGUGACAAUACCCACUGACCCGUAUUGAAGAGGGGAGCUCAGCUUUCCACUCUUCUCUGAACUUGUUGUCUCCUCAAAGGUCACUGGACUCUGAAUGAUUCAGGGCUAAAGACUGAUCUUGGGGGCCUCACCCUGAUCUAAAGGCCACCGGAGUUGGGGGCCACUGUUUACCUUAUUUGGAAGGGACUAGGGAUGUUAGCUGAAUAUUGGAGAAUUGUGUCAUGUCUCUUUCUGAGAAUACGGACACUAACUAGUACCAGAUUGGCACUCUGGUACCAUGACAUGUUAAUGAUAUCCAGUGGAGCCAGGCCGCGUGGAUGAUUCCCACACAGUGUCCUUCACAGUGCUAAGCAUGUGUUGCAUGUCAAAGCCUAGGCUGUCUGGAUUUUCCUUUUUCCUACUUUCACCUAAUAGCUUCCUUUCCAGCAAUCAACAAAUAAAACAAAGCAGAAAACGUCUUUGUAAAAAAAAAUGGGGAGGGCCAAGUGUUAGGAAAAAUUGUUAAGAUUGACUUCAGUACGAGGAAUUGUUGCUGUUGCUUCUUAUUUGCCUCUCGCUUACUUGUUCUUUUAUUUCUUGAAGAAAAAGCAAACAAGCAAAUCUUAUAAGCAAACAAAACUAAUUCUUAGCCAAGUGCCUGUGGAUUCUGGAACUCCAUGAUGCCCCCAAGAUGACAUAUACAAUUCCAUGAGGGUAAUGCCUUUUCUGAGCAGAUGGUUCAUAACAUUCUACUGGAUUUCAAAUGGGACUGCAACCCAAUAAAGGUUAAGAACCACA